AUGCACGCGUAUGGAGACUUUUUAAACAAUAUAGUCACAUUAACCGACGAUACCCGAGCGCAGGUAGAAAUUCGUCAAACCCGUCUAGAAUCGUUCUGGGAGGAUUAUUGUAAAAUACAAACGCAAAUUGAAAUGAUCGACGCGGAGGAGUCAAACGAUAGAAUCGAGUUCGAAGAUUCAUUUUAUGCAUUAUGUGCGCGAUUUCGCCGACUUUUACAAUGCGACAAUCAAUCGAGCGCGCGAAGAGGUUCCACGCAGAGUUCGACAAGAGUCGAGAGCGAGGCUAUAUCUCAUGUACGAUUGCCAAAAAUUAAUUUGCCAAUUUUUUCGGGAAAAUACGAAGAUUGGUUUCCGUUUCGAGAUACUUUUAUAACGAUAAUUCAAAAUAACACGUCGUUGAGCGAUGUUCAACGGUUUCAAUAUUUACGGGCAUCGUUAACGGACAAGGCACUCGACAUUGUGAAACCUUUAGAAAUUUCUGGAAACAAUUAUGACCUUGCGUGGAGCCUCUUAAAAGAACGAUACGAUAACAAACGCGUGAUUAUACAAACUCAUGUGCGGGCAAUAUUUGAAUUGCCAGUUAUAACAAAGGAAAAUGCGAUCGACCUUCGGCAAUUAGCUGACGGGGCAUCGAUACAUAUUCGCGCGUUAACGGCAUUAAAUUGUAAUGCCGAUAAAUGGGAUGCUUUGCUUAUUCAUAUUAUAACGUCUAAAUUAGACGCAAUUACGUCGCGUGAGUGGCAUGCUUCGUUGCAGGGCUCUGAAUUGCCCACAUUUAAGGAGCUAAUUACCUUUCUUUCACAUCGCAGUCAGAUUCUGGAAGAAUCCGCGAGAAAGAGUUCGAUCUCGUCCGUUCGCUCCGACUCUCGAUCGCAAUCGCGUUCUAACGUUGGACGUCAAGCAUUGCACACGACUGUCGAGAGGGGCAAGUGCAAUUAUUGCGCCGGCGAGCAUUUAAUUUAUUUUUGCAAGGAAUUCUUGAAACUGCCAAUCAGCCAGCGAAUCGCGGAAAUGCGUAGCAGGAGAAUGUGCCUCAACUGUUUGCGUAGUCAAAAUCACAUUGCAACCAAAUGCCCUUCUGGCAGUUGCAGAACGUGCAAUUUAAAACAUAAUACGUUAUUGCAUAUACCCAAGAAUGAGAGAGAGAUAAAUAACGCGGGCGCGUCGUCGGUGCCGAUCGACUCGUCGCCGAUCGCGGACGGGCGAUCGGCCGUCGCGACUCACAGCGCGGUCGAGCGAAGCGAUACGGAGGUGUUGCUCUCGACGGCGAUCGUUUAUUUAUACGAUGCGAACGGUGCUCGCAGGACAUGCCGUGCUCUGUUGGACUCAGGGUCACAGGUGAAUUUCGUGACAACCAAAUAUGUAAAGUUGUUGGGUUUAAAACCGCAAUCCGUAAAUUUCUCGGUGUCAGGCAUAUACGGUGACACAUCUAUUUCGAACGAAAACGUAGACAUCAAACUACAAUCGCGAUUCAAUUCAUUCGCGGCUGAGAUCGAGUGCAUCGUGGCGGAGCGAAUCAUAAGGGACAAGCUUCCGUUAAACACUAUUAAACGUGAAAAAUUCAAACUGCCUUCCAGCGUCGAGUUGGCGGAUCCGCGAUUCAACGUGUCGUCGGACGUCGACUUGUUAAUAGGCGCCGAUCUAUUUUGGCGAUUGUUGUGCGUGGGGCAGAUUCAGGCGACUUCCGGGUAUCCGAUCCUUCAAAAAACACGUUUGGGGUGGAUUGUGGGCGGACGCGCACGCGUCGGUGCAUCGCGACCGGAGACUGGGCUGCACUCGUUUCACGUAUCAAUUAGCAAUUUAAAACUUCACGAACAAAUCGAACGAUUUUGGCGGAUCGAGGAGUUAGGCGAUUCGAGUCAUUACACCAAGGACGAGCGCGCAUGUGAAACCCAUUUCAUAAACAACGUGUCAAACAAUAACAAGGGCAGAUACAUCGUGACGCUGCCCAUCAAAAACGAUAUUUUGCAAAGGCUGGGAGACUCGCGCGAAAUAGCAAUGAAGCGAUUCCUCGGUCUUGAAAGGCGACUUCAUCGUGACUCAAAUAUGAGGACUUCAUAUGUUCAAUUUUUACGCGAAUAUUAG